AUGGCAAAGAGGAAGAACCUAGUAGUGUACAUGUAUUUAUUAGCAUUGACUCUAAUAAUGAUAUCAAUAUCUGCCUCUAACCCAGCAUUUGUGAGUGGAGAAGAAGAUUGUGAUGAGUUAGAUUGGAGUAUCUCAGCUGCUGAAGAAGCUGAAAUUGUGGAUAUUGUAUCAUGCUCAGGCGGGGAAUUAAAUAUAUUUGAGCCAUUUUGGAGGGAGCAUGCAAGAAAAAGUUCAGUGUUGGUAUCAGGGUGGCAUAGAAUGAGAUACAAUUAUAGUGAUGGAUCAUCAAUUUCUCCAUUGCUGGUGAAGAAUAUAAGAAAACUACAUGAGAUUGUUGGAAAUGCAAUCACUAAUGAAAGGUACAUUGUGUUUGGAAGUGGUUCAACACAACUUAUCAAUGCCGCAGUUUAUGCAUUGUCUCACAAAUCAUCAUUAUUGGAUCCAGCAAAAGUACUCAACACAUCUCCAUAUUGUCCUGUAGAAAUUCGUACGCAAUUGUUUUCGUAUGAAGUUGAUAUUUGA